UUUUAAAAAAUUCAUUCAAGAGAAUGUAAGACAUGAAAGCAUAUAAUGGAACACAUAGUAAUUUUUACUAAUAAUUUUAAAACUUUUCCAGUUGUCGUAAAUGUAUAAGUCAAUUUCCGGCAGUUAGUCAUUUACUGUUUUUACCAUGUUGAAGAGUUGCUACCUGUGCAAAUAAUAGAAGACUGACAAAAAUGGGGCUGUUAACAAUUUUGAAGAAGAUGAAGCAGAAAGAGAAGGAAGUUCGAUUACUUAUGUUAGGUUUAGAUAAUGCUGGAAAAACCACAAUUUUAAAGAAGUUUAAUGGAGAAGAUAUCGACAGUAUAUCACCAACCUUGGGAUUUAAUAUAAAAACAUUAGAACAUAGAGGGUUUAAAUUGAACAUUUGGGAUGUUGGUGGCCAGAAAUCACUUCGUUCUUACUGGAGGAAUUAUUUUGAGAGUACAGAUGGCUUGAUUUGGGUUGUGGACUGUGCCGACAGGAUGCGUCUACAGGAUUGUAAACAAGAACUGCAGUCUUUGUUGGUAGAGGAGAGGUUAGCCGGAGCGACAUUGCUGGUGUUUGCAAAUAAACAAGACUUGCCUGGGGCAUUGCCUGCAGAGAAAAUCAGAGAGCUGUUAGACUUAGACAGCAUCAAGACACAUCACUGGCUGAUUUUGGGCUGUAGUGCUGUAACAGGAGAAAAUCUACUAAAGGGAAUUGACUGGGUUAUUGAUGACAUUGCUUCAAGGAUAUUUACCAUGGACUAGCUCAUGUUUACCCAGUAAUAAUGAAUGUUAAUAUCCCUACAGUUCUUACUUAAUGUUCACAAGGCUUCUGUGAGAGGGAGACAUUUUCAAUUGAGAGAGCCAAAGCUUUUGUAGUUGUGCAACUCUAGUCGGCCUUAUUAGAUACAUUCAAACUUCCACAUUUCUACAUAAAAUAAAGCAUAGUAUUGUAAUUUUCAUUUCCCAAUGAUAUGAUGACCAGUGUCUUUGGUUGCAUUAUCACCAAGAACUAUGUGUGCUUUAUGACCUUAUCAAUUUUGGGAGUCAGAAAUCUGCCCUUGUACCAGAAUUUCUGCUUCAUUAAUGUCUGAAUAAAAUGGAAAUAAACUUUUA